UCGUGUAAAUAUAUAUUGAUAUAUUCAUAGCUGAAUCCGGAAGCACCAUCCUUUGAUAUUUCUGAGUUUAUACUGAGCAUGGCUUCAUCGAUGGCAACCAUGGUCGUCCCUUUCCCCCAAACACUGAAGAGCCAAGCCCGCAGCUUUCUAUCCCAACCACCAAACACCGUAAUGAAACUCAAACCCAAACACACCAAAGCUUUAAAAACUUACCCAACAAACGUAACAUGCAGUGCCACGCUUUCAUCUUCUCUGGAGACCAUUGAGAAGCAAGAGGAAGGGAAGAAACAAAAGGAAGUGGCGGAGGUGUGGCGCAAGAUCCACGGGGAGGACAACUGGGCCGGCCUUCUGGAUCCCUUGGACCCGUUAAUGCGGACCGAGCUGAUCCGCUACGGGGAGAUGGCCCAGGCCUGCUACGACGCCUUCGACUACGACCCCUACUCCAAAUACUGCGGCAGCUGCAGGUUCUCCAUACCCGAGUUCUUCCAAAGCCUCGACAUGCCCAACGUGGGAUACAACGUCACACGUUAUCUCUACGCCACGGCCAACAUCAACCUCCCAAAAUUCUUCCGCAAAUCGCGGUGGCCCGACAAGAAGUGGAGCCAGCACGCGAACUGGUCGGGCUUCAUAGCGGUGUCGGACGACGCGACGAGCAAACGUCUGGGGCGGAGGGACAUCACGAUCGCGUGGCGAGGGACGGUGACGAACGUGGAGUGGGUGGCUGACCUGACGAAUUUCCUGAGACCGAUCGCUCCCCUCAUCCCGAGUCCCGACGAGGGUAUAAAGGUGGAAGCCGGUUUCUUGGAUCUGUACACGGACAAGGAACAGGAGUGUGGGUAUUGUAAGUACUCGGCGAGGGAACAGGUUCUCGGGGAGGUGAAACGGUUGAUGAAGAUUUAUGCGGAUGAAGAGGUGAGUAUUACGAUAACGGGGCAUAGUCUGGGGAGUGCGAUGGCGAUACUGAGUGGUUUUGAUGUAGUGGAAAGUGGGGCGAGUGUGGGAAAGAGUGGGAGAAAAGCGCAUGUAUCGGUGUUUUCGUUUUCGGGGCCGAGGGUGGGGAAUGCGAAGUUCAAGGAGAGGUUGGAGGGGGAGCUGGGGAUAAAGGUGUUGAGAGUGCAUAACAGGCACGACCUUGUGCCGCAGUCGCCGGGGUUUCUGUUCAACGAAGGGUUGGCACCGUGGCUGGUGAAGCUGGUGGAUUGGUUGCCAUGGUGUUAUCUCCACGUUGGGCAGGAGUUGGAAUUGGAUCAUAAGCAAUCACCUUUCUUGAACCCCAAUGGGGAUGCUGCCUGCGCCCAUAACUUGGAGGCUCACUUGCACUUGCUCGAUGGAUACCAUAGGAAGUAUGAUCCAUUUAAGAGAACGAGUGAGAGGGACAUUGCUUUGGUGAACAAGUCAUGUGACUUUUUGAAGGACGAGUAUACAGUGCCACCAAACUGGAGGCAAGACCUGAACAAGAACAUGAUGAAGACUGAAGGUGGACGGUGGAUGUUCACUGAUCGCCAAGUGUCUCAAGAUCCACACCACCAAGAUAUUGAUCCCCAUCUCGAGGAACUCGGUCUCUUCUCUUCUGAUAAAUCAACCAAUAAGUGACUAUGCUUCACACACAAACAAUCACCAUUCUCCACUUUCCUAAGUAGUCACUACCAUAAGAAUGGCUAGUCACAAACAGAUUAAGAAAGUCAAAUUAUUAAACUUUUCUUUAUCAAUAUUAAUACUGCAAAAGUGUCCAAA